CAUAGGUUUUGCACACGGAAAUUUUCUGAAAUAGCUAUAUAAAAAUCGACAUACUACCAGACACCACCCAUACUAGUAAAAGGAUAUUAAUAAGAUCUACUAAGCAGACCAGCUUCAACGAAUAAAAUGCCUGGACCUUGUAACUGCAUUGAAACAAACGUGUGUAUCUGUGGAACCGGAUGCAGCGGGAAAUGUUGUCGAUGUGGAGACGCCUGCAAAUGUGACAGUGGCUGUGGAUGUUCCGGAUGUAAAGUUGUUUGCAAAUGCUCAGGUACCUGUGCAUGUGGAUGCGACUGUACUGGUCCAACAACCUGCAAAUGUGACUCUGGGUGCUCCUGCAAGUGACAUAAAAACAAUCACAUCACGAUCAAUAUAGACAUAAUUGUAACUCACAUCAUUCAUAAAAGAAUUCGUGAUGUUCACUGAUAUCAAAUAAACAUUUUUUUAAUAA